AUGGCUACGAAUGGCGCGCGGAAGGGCUCCAUGGACACCAGAUCUGGGCUUUUGAACGGCGGCGCUGUCAAAGACAUUGUCAAACCAGAGAACAAGAAGAUCACCUUGAGAAUCAAAAAGGCCGCGCCCAAGCCUACAGAAGCUGGAAACUGGAAGGAGAGCGAUGCAAAGAACGCCGACAGCAAGGCUUCCACGACCGGCUCGCCAGUCGUAAACCCCCUCGACGAGAAGACACUCGCUGGAUUCCCAACUGGUCGCCCGCUUGACGACAAAGUUGACACGAUACAAUGCAAGCACUGUCGCCGUCCCAUACUCCGUGCUUCCUCGGCCACACACAUCCGCGACUGCCUGAACAAGAAGGCAGAUAAACAAAGGAAGAAGAAGGAGGCCAAGGAGGCCAAGGACGCAGCGCUCAGGAAGGAGAAGGGCGAGGACGACGAUGGCGAUAUCCGCGCUCGCAAGUCUGCCACCAAAGGCCUUGAACCUGGCGCGAAGAAGGGCAAGAAGCGCAAGAUCGACGGUGAUGUCGAGAAGCCUGGCGCAAAGAAGAAGAAGAAGGACGAACCGAAAGCCAAGGGCGCGAAGCCCAAGGGACCCGUGGACGUGGAAAGGCAGUGCGGCGUGCCCCUUCCGAACGGUGGCUUCUGCGCACGAAGCCUGACAUGCAAGUCCCACUCGAUGGGUCUGAAGCGCGCAGUACCAGGCCGCAGUCUGCCCUACGACAUGCUCCUCGCACAGUACCAGAAGAAGAACCAAGCCAAACAGCAACGCGCCGCGAUAGACGCCAACGCGCCCCUUCCCGAAGACCUCGAACCCUCAGGCGCCGUCGACUCGGACGAAGAAAAAGACUCCAUCAUGGCGGCCCUUGCGCGCCACAAGCCCCGGCCACUGGCCACCUACACGCACGUCUCCCAGCGCUCCAAAUACCAAUACAUCCGCAUGAAAGACAUGAUUCGCUCCGCUCUGGGCGCUCCACCAGGCGCGUCUGCAUUCGGUAAUCCGCCCAGCGCCACAGACGGCAUGAACGGCGGGCUGCGACUCGGGCUCAUGGGCGCCCCGCCGUCGGCGACGAGCGAGAGCUUCCCCGGCAGUGCAGGAAUGGGCGGGUUCCCCAUGAGCGCGGGACUCGAUGGAGGGAACAUGGGACGACGACAGAGUGGCAUGAUGGCGAAUGGCGGGAAUGGUCCGAGACAGAUCCUCCCCGGUCAGCUGCCAGGGCCUGGGGGGCAGAGGAAGAGCAGUUUGAGCGUUGGAGGGUCGUAG